GCCACCCAGGUGCCCCCAGUGUGGUGUUUUAAGGGGCUAUACUUCCAGACUUUUUGAGUUGAAAUCCCCGAUCCACCACUUACUAGCUAAUUUGUCACCUUGGAAAGUUACUCAGUGUGUCUGUUUAUCCACUUAAAUGUGGGGCUGAUAAGAUAUUUUGAGGACUAAAUUUGACAACGGAUGGUAAACUCAGGACUGUAAUACAAGUUACUUUAGCACAUACUCCGAUUUUAUUCCGCUUGUUUGUCAAGUGUGAGUCUGUCACCUAGGGAAGGUUUAUGGUGCUCCCCAACCGCUUGCUGAUGGAAGUCCCCUCUUUGAACGCGGUUAACGAAUGAAGGAACAGUGGUCCUUUCAGGUUUAGGAGGAGCCGCUGGGUGAGCCUGGUCAGAGAGACAAGGUCCGGCUUCUCUUUAAGCUUCCAGAUUAGCAAGACAGACUCAAGACACAUACUGGACUGGUGUAGUUGUACGAAAGGGAAUCUGGAUCCUGGCACAGCCCUAGAGUAACCACGAACUCUCCCUAGGAGGGGCCCCUAGGAAGGCACAGCGCCUGCGAGAACCACGUCCUUCAGGGCCAAGGGGAGGCGCCAGGGCUCCGGAGCUUCCGAGAAAGAUGCUCCGGCAGGCCUAGCGCAUCCUCCGCCCGCGGAAGAGCGCGGAGGAGCGCGGAGGUGCCCGAAGGAGCGCGGCGGUACCCGAAGGAGCGCGGAGAUGCCCGAAGGAGCCCGGAGGAGCCCGAAGGAGCCCGGAGGAGCCCGAAGGAGCCCGAAGGAGCCCGAAAGACCGGGGCGGGCCGAGAACCGCGGGCACCAAUGGCCGGGCCCGCCCCGCCCCCUGGCCGGAGACUUGAGGGGAUUGGCUGCCCGCCUCCCGCUGCGCCGCCGACCUCGUCGCCGCGCCACCGCCGGGUUCUCUGUGCCGCACGCGAGUCGUCGGCUUCAGUCCCGCGGAGCUGAGCCGGCGCGGCCGCAGUGGCGGCUGCUUUGCGGCGGGUUCGGGGCCCGGCCCCCGCCUGCGAAUGCAGGAGCCCGACCCGGGGCCUGCGGAGUCGGUCUCCGACGUGUGCGGGGCUGCAGCGGCCUGACUUCCAGGCUCAGGUAUGUCCCCGUCCUGGGGGGAAAAGCGAGGCGCUCGGCCCGGAGCACGUGGCCAAUGGCGACCGGGGGUUCCCACGUGCUUGGUUCCAAGGCCCCCCAAUUGGCUGCCCCUUCGGAUAGAGGGCAUGUUGAAAACUACAGGCACAAGCCAUGGAAGCUGGAGUACUCUAAUGCUGGUAUUUUAACUGAUUUAUCCCAACUCUGCAGUUUACAACAUACACAUGCCUCUAAUGAGGUCAGAUAUUCUUAUUUCACUUGUAGCAGCCAUGUAUCCAGUGCAGGACAGCCCUGGCAGUGAGGGCAGCACAGCAGGUGUUCGAUUUCUCAUCUUGUCAUUUAGUUCUUCCAACUUUGUGAAGGUGACGCUGUGCCCUCAUUUUACAGAUGAAGCAACCACAGGUUAGGUACUGACUCAAGCUCCUGUCACAUGUGUAGCCCUGAACACGGAUCCUCAUGUAACUUUCUGGCUACGUGACCUCUUGGAAAGGUCCUUCCCUCUCCUGGCAUUUCAUGUUGUAGUGUAACGGUAGAAAUGCUGAAACAGAUGAGGCCAGUUUGGUCAGGGGAGAGCACAGAGGUAUUAAGAAUAUAAGCUCUUCAUAGUAUUUAGUUACAUUGAACCUACAGAAGUUGCAAUUUGGCACAAAGGGAGCAUCUGUCAGCAUGUUAGGUGGUUUUGAUGAAUGAGCAGAAUGGCCAUGAAGGGGGGAUUUAAAGGGCAGGACGGUGCUAGAUUGUUAGAACUCGAAAGUAUUGGGCUGGAGUGAUGGGGGAAGGUUUUGUAUGGGGAGAAAUGUAACUGUAGCAAGAUGAACAGAGCCUAAUAUCAGCUAGUUCUUCCUUCUGACCUGCCCUGAUUGUCUGUAAAUACCUCGUUUUCCAGUAAUUUUAAAUAAAGAUAAUUAAUAUUCA